AUGCCAUAUAUAAUCGGUCUCAACAGCGGUUCGUCGUUCGACGGCGUGGAUGCUGUGUUGUGUUCCAUCGACAUUGCUGCAGACGGCCAUCCCAGCCGACCUAAGUUUGUCGAUGCGCUCACCGUCGACUGGCCCGACGAGCUACAGCCGUUGAUUGUGAAGGCAUUUGAGAAUGAUCUGAGCCUGUUUGAGAUGACUCGCGUCAACUACGCUGCCGGUGCGGUAUAUGCGGAGGCCACUAAUGCACUGCUCGCUAAAGCCGGUCUCAAAGCCGAGGAUAUCGAUGUACUAGGGUAUGACGGCCAGACUGUUUACCAAGAGCCUCCCGACCGCCAAAAGAUUGCAGAUUACGCUGCCAGUGGUAGCAAGAGCCUGGUGGAUCUCUGGACAAAGGGUGGCUACCCUUGCGGCUACUUCAUCGUCGAGUCCGGUGUUGUGGCUGCCCUAACUAACAUCACCACUGUCACACAGUAUCGACCUGUUGACCACGCCCUGUGUGGUUCCGGGGCUCCCCUUAUGCAGUAUCUCGACUUUGUGUCCUUCCGUAACGACGGCCCGACUGUGACGCUCAAUAUUGGUGGUAUUGCGAACCUACAACUGGCCGAUAUCGACCGGAGCAAGAUGAUGGCGUUUGAUACUGGUCCUGGAAACGUCAUGUUAGAUCAUGUCAUCAAGGUCCGUACCGGACGCACUUAUGAUAAAGACGGCGAGCUGGCCGCCAAGGGUACCGUUAUAGAACCGCUGCUGGAAGAACUCCAGUCGCACGAAUUCUUCACGCGCAAGCCCCCUCGCUCCGCCUGGAGACUCGACUUUGGCUCCAAGUAUGCCGAUGAUAUUCUAGAACGAUGCUCUUCAUCGUCUACAGAGGAUCUCCUCGCCACCUUCUCCAUGUUUACUGCCACCUCGAUUGAGCGAGCUCUGGUCGACUUCAUCCUCCCCAAGACUACAGUCACCAAGGUGGUCGCUAGCGGUGGCGGCACGCGGAACAAUACCUUGAUGCGUUUCUUGAGCGAGCGAAUGACUGCCCAUGGACUAAAGACGUGCGUCAGCGACGAGUUUGGCCUGCCUGCUGCAUACAAAGAAGCUAUCAAGUUUGCGACGCUUGCGUUUGCAACGAAGCGAAAUCUUGCCAAUAACAUUCCUGCUGCUAGCGGGGCUUCGUCAUUUGCAGUCCUCGGGAAAAUGACAUUUGCGCCUCGAUUGGCUCAAGGCACAGGACCGGUCGGUAAUUGA